AUGCAUUGUGUGUGGAAUAGAAUUCUUAUUUGUCAGUUGUCCCUUUUUAUAUAAGAAAUAGUGAUAUCUACUACAUAUUUCAGAAGGUAUUCCGCAUCCCCAUAAUCAUUCUUCGUCUAUUUCUUUUGUUCACGAAGACAAUAAGUCUUAUUUUGUGUAAAAUAUCAGUUUAGUAGAUUCGAAUGUAAUUUUAUUACUGAAGUGACGUCAAUAUACCAUAAUAGUUUAUCUACGAAAGUAAAGACGUCCAGUGUUGAGUUUUAUACUACAAAUUUCAUCUUCUAAUUUUAAAGUCAUGGCUAAAGGUAAAAAGAAACGUAAUCGACAAAGUUCUAAUAAACCUGUUCCAGAUUUGAUAAAUGUUAAUGAUUCAUCAGAUUCGAAUGAAUUAAAAAAUAUCAAAGAAAAUAGUAACAGUCUUAAUUAUCCAUGCACUCAUGUGAACAAAGCUAUCAAUUUAAAUACAGUACGUAAACGGUUACAAAAAAUUGCACUAUUAUGUUCUGAUUGUAAAAAUUGUAAAUUGGAAGAACUUCAAAUUUGUGCACAAUGUGGUAUAUUACAAUGUUCUAAUUUUGAAACCAAUCACAUUCGUAAACAUCAAGAUACACCAAGAAGUGACUCGCACUCAAUAGCUAUAAAUAUUGAUACAUUAAAUAUUUUUUGUAGUGAUUGCAAAAAAGAACUUAAACCAGCUAAUUCAAAAAAACUUCAAGGAGUAUUAAAUUUAAUUAGGCUUAUGAAAGAGACACAAGCUGGUAAACAUAAAAUGGAUGAAAUUCAAGUGCAAGGUUGUGCAACAGAGGCAGAUGCUCAAUAUGACAAUAUUUACUCAAUUAGUCCACCAAAAACAUGCAAUGGUUUAUCUAAAUCUGAUGAAGAUGAUGAUGAGGAUGAUGAUGAUAAUGAUGAACUUCUUUUAUCUACCAAAUCUUUUAAAUUACCUAAUACUAUUAUAAAUAAUGUUCGAUCAAAAAGGCCUAGAGGGUUAAAUAAUUUAGGUAAUACGUGUUUCUAUAACUCGGUACUACAAUGCCUUGCUCAAACUCCUUUUCUAAGAAAAGUCUUAAAAGACAUAAGUGAACCAGGAGAAUCUGUUACAUUAAUAUUAGAUGAUGAAAAAUUAAAUUUAGAACUUGAUAAAUGGAGUUCCCUGACAGAAAAUUUGUAUACAACUUUAGUUGAAAUAACAAAUGAAAGAGAAUCUGUAUUUACUCCAAAUGCUCUUUUAGAUUCAUUAAGAAAAAAAUGCAAAAUGUUUAUAGGUUAUAGUCAACAUGAUUCUCAUGAACUUUUGCGUCAUCUUUUAGAUUCUGUGCGUGACGAUGACCUUAAGCGUUAUCAAAGAUCAAUAAUUCAUCAUUAUGGUUUAUCCAUGAGAUCUGAUCCAAGUGAAAUUAAUGAAGAAAAAACUAAAAAGAUCAAAGAGAUGAAUAAAAAGUUACAACAAUUAAUACUUUUACGCCCAGAUCAUGUUUUUAAAGGUCAACUGUUAAGUGUUGUUCAAUGUCAAACAUGUGGUCAUAUGUCAGAAGUUACAGAAAGUUUUCUUGAUUUAAGCUUACCAAUAACAGCAGAUAAAGCUUCACCUCCACCAUUUUCUCAUAAAAAAGACAAUGAAAAUUACAGUCAGUCUAAACAUCAAACUAAAAAAGAUCGUAAAAUUGCUCAUAAGCAAUCAAGAAGAAAGAAUUAUGAACGUAAACAAUUUCAUAAUAAAGUACAGGAUAAUUUAGUUGCUUUCAAUGAUGCUGAUGUUGAAGAUAACAUGGAAAUUGAAACAAAUGAAGUUGAAAUGUCCGAUUGGAAAAAUGAAAAUAAACAUAAUCCAGAAUCGGGUUAUGGCUCUGAGAAACAACCAUCUAAUGUUACUAGCCCUUCUCCAAGCAUAUCUGAACUUACUACUCUUAUGAAUAAUACUCAUACAUUAGGUGAUCCUGAUCGUCAAUUAAAUGCUGAACAAACUUCAGAGUUAGAAAAACCAAUGGAAUUAGAUUCUGGUCUUCAUGGAAGUCCAGUGAACAGUCCAGGCUCACCACAUGGAUCAUCUCUUGAUUCAAUGCGUGCUAAUGUUAGUCCAGAUUAUAUGGAUGUUGGAACUGACAGUGCUAAUGAAAAUCAAGAACGUAAUAAUCCUACACCAAAUGUGAGUGAUAACAAUAGUGAUGAUGGUGAUUUAUUUGAUGAUUCAAAAAGUGAAGAAGAUGAAAAUAAUGAAGAUGGUGGUGAUUUCUCUCGAGAAUGCCCUCAAGCAACUUUGCAACCACGGCCUAAAUGCAAAGAAGGUGAAUGCUCUGUAUUAACAUGUCUUAAUCAAUUUACUGCGUCUGAAAUAAUGACUGGUAAUAAUAAAGUAUCUUGUGAAAAAUGCACUGAACAACAUAAACAAAAAACUAAUGAAGAAAAAACAAUUUAUCGCCAAAGCACUAAACAAAUGUUGAUCAGUUCACCUCCAGCUAUUUUAAUCUUGCAUUUAAAAAGAUUUCAAAUGUGGUAUUCUACUACUAAAAAGUUGGCUAGAGAUGUUUCAUUUCCAUGGGUGUUGGAUAUUGCUCCUUAUUGUUCUGUUAAAUGUCAAGAUAAGCUUAGUCCUGGUCAAAAUCGAAUUUUAUACUCUUUGUAUGGAGUUGUAGAACACAGUGGCUUCUUACAUGGAGGACAUUAUGUUGCUUAUGUUAAAGUGCGAGAUCAAGUAAAGGAUGACAGUUAUCGAAAUUCCUUUUUAGAAGGCUGUAAAUCUCUACCGUCUAAAAUAAUUGAUGGUAAUGAAGAUGUUUCUCAUUUAGCGCCAAAUGGUAAUUGGUAUUAUAUCAGUGAUAGUUCUGUUAGACCUGCAUCACCUAAUGAUGUCCAGAGUUGUCAGGCAUACUUAUUGUUUUAUGAGCGUAUUUUAUAAUUUAAUUGUACAUCAUUGAUAAAAAAAAUUCAGAUUUUCAAUGAUAACAUCGUUUUAUCAAUAAAUUUUAUUUUAUUUGUAUA